AUGGGAAGUCCUGAGGGAAGUGGCAGGGACAAAUACUUGUUCAAGAGACGGAAGAGCGAGAGCUCACAUUAUUUGAAAUCUUGCGACUGGGAUGACGGAGAGGGCCACGAGGAGGACCUCAAGAAGUCAAAGAAGAGUAGCAAGGGCGAUCGGGAAAGAGACAAUGCAUGGGUGAAAGACAGGGAGAACGAGAGGGACAGGGAUAGGAGAGGGAGCAAGACCGGGGGGGACAGACACGAGGAGAGAGCGGAGAGAGCGGAGAGAGACGAUCGGGAACUCGUGGAAUCCCGAGCAGUGGGCAAUAAGAGACAGAAUCCGUCGGAGAGGGUAAGCAAGGAAAACGAAGUUGUUCUUAUUCAAGAAGCGAAGAUGAGUGGAGGAGCUGAUCAUGGCGCCGACUUCGCUAAGAGAAUAGUUCGGAAGCAUGACAGGUUCCAUGAGUUGGACGACGAGAACUUGCGGAAAUGUGACCCGCGUAUGGCAAAAUCACGGGAUAAGGAAAGAAGCAGCAGAAGAGAAACUCCGGCCGACAAAGGUGACGACGGUGAAGAUGAGAAAUACGGCAGGAGUGACUCUAGGACGACAAGAGCUGCUGCGCGCAUCAACUCGCAAGAAGACGAGAAAAGAACUCCGGAUUGGGGAAUCGCAAGGAGAGAGACGGGAGCGAUAUGUUGA